AUGGAGCAGACGAGAACACCACCAGACAUUUCCUCGUUGACCAAACGAGCUCCAUUGACCGAGCGACAACCCCGAGCUCGACGUUCAUCCAAUGUCUCGAAAGCUUCAGGAUCCUCCAAGUUGGGCACACCAUCACGUAUACCUCACCACGAGUCGAUUCAUCCCGAAGGCAACCUGUCCGUUGUGACUAGACCACACGUGCCAUCACCUCGACCUCGCAAUGACAGAAUAGUUGCGAUCGCCGAGGAUGAGCCUAAGGCAAGCAAAAGAGAUUCUCAAAUCUCCACUACCUCGACUGUUUCGAGCAGUAAAGCAAAGAGAAAGACACAUAUUGGACCAUGGCAAUUAGGCCGUACUCUUGGCAAGGGUGCCACAGGUCGCGUCAGACUGGCAAAGCAUGCCUUCACGGGUCAGACCGCCGCUAUCAAGAUUGUAUCCAAGAAGUCAGCCGCUCUGGUUCAAAGUGCGAGCAUGCGCAAGAUGGACGAUGACCUGACAAGCAAUAUUUCGGGUGCCAGAACAAUGCCCUUUGGUAUCGAGCGCGAGAUCGUCAUCAUGAAGCUUAUCGAGCAUCCCAAUAUCACCAGCUUGUACGAUAUCUGGGAGAACCGUGGUGAGCUCUAUCUUGUUCUUGAGUAUGUCGAAGGUGGUGAGCUCUUUGACUAUGUCAUGCGCAAUGGAGCCCUUCCCGAGGGUGAAGCUGUCCGUCUCCUGCGCCAAAUGAUUGCUGGCCUGGCCUAUUGUCAUCGCUUCAACAUCUGUCAUAGAGAUCUCAAGCCUGAAAACAUCCUUCUUGACCAGGACCACAAUAUCAAGAUAGCCGACUUUGGAAUGGCUGCGCUCCAGCCGCAAGGUCAAUACCUCACUACUUCAUGUGGAAGUCCUCAUUAUGCUGCUCCCGAGAUCAUCACAGGACGUCAAUAUCGAGGUGACCAGGCUGAUAUAUGGAGUGUUGGCAUCAUCCUGUAUGCCAUGCUAAAUGGCUUCCUACCUUUCGAUGGAGGCGAUUUGCAUAGCACUUUAGCCUUGGUCAAGAGAGGAGAGUACUACUUGUCGCCAAAUCUGAGCAUCGAAGCCGCAGAUUUGAUUCAGCGUAUCCUGCAGAAACGACCCGAAAGACGUAUGACCAUGAAUGAGAUUUGGCGGCAUCCACUCCUUAAGAAGUACGAAAAGAUACACGCUAGUCUGGCUGCGCCGGGCAAGUUGGCUGGUCCGCCACCACCAUUGACCUCGGCCGAAUGUGGUCCUCGUCGCAUCAAGCCAUCAGAAGUAGACCGAGAACUGCUCCGGAACUUGCAGGUACUUUGGCAUGGUCUCGGGGAGGACGAGGUUGUCAGACGUCUGACCAGCGAAGAGCCAAACCACGAGAAACUCUUCUACUGGGCUUUAAUCAGAUUUCGUGAAGAGCAACUGGAGCAUUACCUUGGUGAUCCCUUACAGCAUUCUGCAAGUGAUUACCACCACCUGCAACAGCCUGCUCUUCCACUACCCAGGGGCGCUACAAGAUCGGCCAUACACCAGCGGAAGAACUCACAAUUCUCCAUCGUGAGCGAAGACAGUAUAGUACGUGCAGCAUACUACAAGGCUCCAGGAACGGCUGCCAGCAAGACAACUCAGGUCAGCUACGACCCUUACAGAUCAUCCAGGACACACAUCGGUCACGGUCAAAAAGCAGGUACCACGAUCGUUGUUCGACGACCGGGCAGCCGUGCAUCAAUUCAGAGAGCCACGACUUCAAGCCUGCGCAAUGCUCUUCUGGAUCGAGCUUCUCAGCCAGCAAUGGUUCCUGACACAUCGUCACUCGAUGUACAAGAGUUGCAAAGACUGAUUCAGCAGAAGAAGGCUACCUAUGGGACGAUCUCCUCGUUGAGCUCGAUGGCAAGCUCUCAACGUCAUCGGGUCUUCCGAAAGUCAACUAGCUAUAGAAGGAGCGUGUCCUUUCGUCAUCUGCACCAGCGUCAGCGGUCUAGUCACACUCCAACCACGUCCAAGCGCCAUAGUCCUCAGACAUCCUUUUCCAGACCUGGGACGAGAGAGUCGAAUCAAACGUUCUCGGACAGUCGCAGUACACCAAGUCUACCAACUCCUAACCAUGUCACUCAACCUAGGAGACCUGCCUCCGAUCUUGAUCUGCAUAGUACGCGUGGUGUGCAUAUGACCUGGAGGGAAGAUGCACGGCACGUCAGUGCUGAGCUGUCCAAGAUUUGUGAGGAAGCAUUCAAUAGAUCGUCUACAUCAUAUACCAGCGACCUCAGUCACUCACAACUGGCUGUGGAUUCUCCAGCUACGACUGUAUCGAUCCCAGAGUCUUUACUACCACAAUUCAGAAAAGGUCACGCGAUCAUGCUGACUCCAGCACUGCGAAAUUUGCUUGAACGUCGUGCUAGAAUUAUUGAAACUUGGGGUGCUGGCGACCCGAAGACAUUAGCCGACGUUGUCGAGACAUUGGACCGUCGCAUAGUUGAUGAGCAGCCAAGAAUCGAGGCGAACGCGGAGCGACGAUUUGCUUCAGAUCCAAGCAAUGACAAGUUCAAGGCCGGCAAAGACACGUUCUCUGCCACCAACAUGGCAGGCAACUUGAAAAACGACCGCAGUGUCGGAUCAAGAGCAGUAUCGGAUCCUGUACGGUCCCAUGGAAACACGAUCCGUAUGGUAACGCCAGCAUCGACGUCGCCCUUGGCAAUGAUAGCAGCACGACCUAGUAAAGCUGCACCCAUAAAUUCUCUGAAAGGCGGUCCGUCAGAUGCCGUUCGGAAUAGCUAUGACAGAAGACUUCUUGCUGCUCAGUCUCUUGAGCCAAUAUUGGAGGAUUCUGCCAAAUCUCCGAAGAAACCGUCAACGAUUGAGACGAAGAAGUGGUCGUGGCUUAGCAAGAAAGCAUCAGCUUCCAACGAAGAGUUACCACCAACGCCACCACAAAAGGAUACCCCGAAGGACAAGCAGGCACGUCCGGCCUCAAACUUGUCCACUAUUUCAGCGGAUGAAAGAACACAAACGACUACAAUAGAAGAAACGGAAGCUAGAAAACGUACGUGGUUUCAGAAAAUGUUUAAGCCUCGACGAGACCAAAAAUUGUCUUUCGACAGUGAUCACCAGGUCAUUUCUGGCGACACAGAAGAAGGUGACGACGUCGAAGGUCUACUUACGCCUGCUCCUCAGGGAGCAUAUCGAAGAGGCCAUCGGCAUGUACCAAGCAUGGAGGGUGUAGCAGUUUCUUCUGCAUCGAAUCGAGUCGAAGCAAGCAGUAACUGGUUCGCCAAAUUCCUGUAUGUCAAGCCUGCUACAAGUGUGGUCAUCAUGCGAACUAGCAAGGCACACGCUCGCAAGGAGAUUGUCAAGAUCCUGAGGGAAUGGCGCAAGUUCGGGAUUCGUGAUGUUGCAGUUGAAAAGCGACCCAGUGGUGAUAUCGUUCGUGCACGUGUGGACGCUGUGAAUUAUUUGCAUAUUAGACCUGUACAAUUUUUCGCCAGCGUAUAUACAGUUUUAGAGCGCGGAAAGUUGGCCAAUCUUUCUAUCGUGAAAUUCACUCAGGAAAAGGGUGCGGCAAGCAGUUUUCGACGCGUGGUAGACACAAUGGAAUCAGUCCUCAAAGAGGGUGACUUGGUUCUUGCAGACACGAACAAGAAGAAGAAAAUUCUGAGGAGCAUGAAGCAAGCAGGACUGUAA